AUGUUACAUCUCCUCAAGUUCUUCUUUCCCAGAAGAAGUGGUGCUAAUUCAUUGCAGUGGAAGUGCGCAAGUAAGAACGAGCCCCGCGUCAUCAACCUCCACCUUCGAAGCUCUGAGGGCGGUAAUCAGCCAGACGCACCUGGGUUUCUGACUGCCAGCAAAGAAUCUCGCUCCGAGACUUCCAGAGACUAUACUGCUUGCAAAGAAGUUGCAAAUAUCAAAAAUACCCGCACCACGAGAUCAAGAACGAUUUACAUUGAUUUCAGAAUUGACCAACUGUGGAUUCAGUGCUCGGGACCGCAUCCGGUUGUUCCUACAAUCCCUCUGAACUUCGAUCAUGAUAUCCUUCCGUUGAUCGAACGCCUGACAUUCAGAGCUGCUAUUAAUUUACUGUCUUGGUAUUUACCUAGGGCACUGAAUCACUGGUGCUCGCUUCCGCGGUUGACACAUAUUGUUCUUGCCAUGCACACACCACUUCAUUUCCCGAAGAUGAGUAACGAGGACACGUUAUUCGAGGAGAUGGUGCUACAGAUGGGAAAGGCUGCGAUGAAGCAUGUUGAUGGAGACUAUGUUCUGAAAGAUGUCUUCAAUGAAGAAGAAUCGGAUGCGAACAAGAAGAAACUUGAUGUUGGCUUUCUGUGGCCGGAGUACAGGGAACUGGACUUGGUUCCGAUGUCAGCUGGACUUUAA